UCCGAGCCACGGUAUCCGUACCUCCGCGAAAUGUAGAAAUCCUUGGGACAGGACUGUGUCCGUGUACAGCGCCAAGCACAGUCCAGCACUCAAAUGCCCCGGGUGCCAGCCAGACACAUGCCCCGUCCUCCAACACACACAGACUCCUCCAUCCUGAGAUAUGCUACCACCUGCGGCCACCAUCCUGCAGACACUUAGCUUCUGUGCUCUGUCAAGUUGAACCUGUGGGAAGAUGGUUUGAAGCAUUUAUUAAGAGGCGAAACAUAAAUGUUUCUGCCUCUUUCCAGGAACUGGAGGAUGAGAAAGAGCUCUCUGAAGAGUCAGGGGAUGAAGAAUUGCAGCUUGAGGAAUUUCCUAUGUUAAAAACACUUGAUCCAAAGGACUGGAAGAAUCAGGAUCACUAUGCAGUUCUUGGACUAGGACACGUAAGAUACAGGGCCGCUCAGAAACAAAUCAAAGCAGCCCAUAAAGCCAUGGUUUUGAAACAUCAUCCAGACAAGCGAAAAGCUGCAGGGGAGCAGAUAGGUGAAGGUGACAAUGACUAUUUUACCUGUAUAACUAAAGCUUAUGAAAUUUUGUCUGAUCCUGUGAAGAGACGAGCAUUUAACAGCAUAGAUCCUACUUUUGAUAACUCUGUACCUUCUAAAAGUGAAGCAAAGGAAAAUUUCUUUGAAGUGUUUUCACCAGUUUUUGAAAGGAAUGCCAGAUGGUCAAAUAAGAAAAAUGUUCCUAAACUGGGGGACAUGAACUCUUCAUUUGAAGAUGUGGAUGCAUUUUAUUCAUUCUGGUAUAAUUUUGAUUCUUGGAGAGAGUUUUCUUAUUUAGAUGAAGAAGAAAAAGAAAAAGCAGAAUGUCGAGAUGAGAGGAGGUGGAUAGAAAAACAGAACAGAGCAGCCAGAGCACUGAGGAAAAAAGAAGAGAUGAACAGGAUAAGGACAUUAGUUGACGCUGCAUACAGCUGUGAUCCUAGAAUAAAGAAAUUCAAGGAAGAAGAAAAGGCAAAGAAAGAAGCAGAAAAGAAAGCAAAGGUAGAAGCAAAACGAAAAGAACAGGAAGCCAAAGAAAGACAAAGACAAGCAGAAUUAGAAGCAGCACGGUUAGCUAAAGAGAAGGAAGAGGAAGAAGUUAGACAACAAGCAUUGCUGGCAAAAAAAGAAAAAGAUAUACAGAAAAAAGCAAUUAAGAAGGAAAGGCAAAAAUUGAGAACAACAUGCAAGAACUGGAAUUACUUUUCUGAUAAUGAGGCAGAGUGUGUAAAAAUGAUGGAAGAGGUGGAAAAGCUUUGUGAUCGUCUUGAACUAGCAAGCCUGCAAUGCUUGAAUGAAGCACUUACAUCCACGACAAGGGAAGGAGGAAAGGCUGCUGUAGAAAAACAGAUAGAAGAAAUAAAUGAACAGAUCAAGCGAGAAAGAGAAGAAGCAGAGGCUCGUUUGCGCCAAGCGAUGAAGAGUUCAGAGAGGUCAACAAGUGGUGGUGGAGGUGGAAGUAAAAACUGGUCAGAAGAUGACUUACAGUUAUUGAUUAAAGCUGUGAACCUCUUCCCCGCUGGGACUAACUCAAGGUGGGAAGUUAUUGCCAAUUAUAUGAACUUGCAUUCUACUACUGGAAUAAAACGAACAGCAAAAGAUGUCAUCAAUAAAGCAAAGAGCCUCCAGAAACUUGACCCUCAUCAAAAGGAUGACAUAAACAAGAAAGCUUUUGAUAAGUUUAAAAAAGAGCAUGGAGUGGUACCUCAGACAGAGAGUGCUGCACCAUCAGAGCGAUUUGAAGGACUAGUCACAGAUUCAGCCCCUUGGACUACAGAAGAGCAAAAACUUUUAGAACAGGCUUUGAAGACAUAUCCAGUAAAUACUCCUGAAAGAUGGGAAAAAAUAGCAGCUGCUGUCCCAGGGCGGUCAAAAAAAGACUGCAUGAAGCGCUACAAGGAACUUGUUGAAAUGGUUAAAGCAAAGAAAGCUGCCCAAGAACAAGUGUUGAAUGCUGCUAAAGCAAAGAAAUGAGACUCAGUGACAAUCUUUGUUCUGUUUUAUAAUAAAAUGCAAAUACUGUACAUGUUUUUAUUCUUUAGACAAAUCACAUGAAUAAAUGUUAACUUUCUGAAAUUAGUUUCUCCAACUACAAAAGGGUAAGGACUGAGAAUAACUGUCAAGGUGACUUCCCCAUAAGUGACGUUUGUGUAAUUUUUGGACACCAUUUCCCAUGGUAGGGCUUUUGGUACUGAACUUGAGGGGCAAGGGGUUCAGAGAAAUCAAAUGUGUUUGUCUAUAUGCCUUGUGACAACUGCUUUAGAAAUCUAGUAGUUUCAUUAAAACAUUUAUCAUGUGUUCUUAA